CCGAGCCCCCCGCGCCGCAGCCGCCGCAGCCCGUGCGCCCCGCGCCCCCGAGCGCCAUGGCCAAGGAAGGCGUGGAGAAGGCGGAGGAGACGGAGCAAAUGAUCGAGAAGGAGGCAGGCAAGGAGCCUGCCGAGGGCGGCGGCGGUUCUCACCGCCUCGGGGACGCCCAGGAGAUGCGCGCCGUGGUGCUGGCCGGCUUCGGGGGGCUCAACAAGCUGCGGGUCACCAGGAAGGCCAUGCCCGAGCCGCAGGACGGCGAGCUCAAGAUCCGCGUCAAAGCCUGUGGAUUAAACUUCAUUGACUUGAUGGUACGACAAGGGAACAUCGAUAACCCUCCCAAGACUCCCCUGGUGCCCGGAUUUGAGUGUUCUGGGAUCGUGGAAGCUCUGGGGGACAGUGUGAAAGGAUACGAGAUCGGGGACCGUGUCAUGGCGUUUGUGAAUUACAAUGCCUGGGCAGAGGUGGUCUGCACACCAGUGGAAUUUGUCUACAAGAUCCCAGAAGACAUGAGCUUCUCAGAGGCUGCUGCCUUCCCCAUGAACUUCGUCACGGCCUAUAUGAUGCUCUUCGAAGUUGCCAACCUCCGAGAAGGAAUGUCUGUGCUCGUGCACUCAGCGGGCGGUGGUGUGGGCCAAGCGGUGGCUCAGCUGUGUUCCACUGUCCCCAAUGUGACUGUCUUUGGAACGGCGUCUACUUUCAAGCAUGAAGCAAUCAAAGACUCCAUGACCCACCUCUUUGAUAGAAAAGCAGACUAUGUGCAAGAAGUGAAAAGGAUCUCUGCGGAAGGCGUGGACAUUGUGCUGGAUUGCCUCUGUGGGGACAACACUGGAAAAGGCCUCAGCCUUCUCAAACCACUGGGAACCUAUAUUUUAUACGGUUCAUCCAAUAUGGUGACGGGAGAGACCAAGAGCUUCUUUAGCUUUGCAAAGUCAUGGUGGCAGGUGGAGAAGGUGAACCCCAUCAAGCUCUAUGAAGAGAACAAAGUCAUCGCAGGAUUUUCCCUCUUAAAUCUGCUCUUCAAACAGGGCCGUGCGGGCCUCAUUCGAGGAGUAGUGGACAAACUCACUGGGCUCUACAACCAGAAGAAGAUCAAGCCCGUGGUGGACUCCCUGUGGGCCCUGGAGGAGGUGAAGGAGGCCAUGCAGCGGAUCCACGACCGGGGAAACAUCGGCAAGUUAAUUCUGGAUGUAGAGAAGACCCCGACUCCACUGAUGGCCAAUGACAGCACAGAGACCAGCGAGGCUGGAGAAGAGGAGGAAGACCAUGAGGGUGACAGCGAGAACAAGGAGCGGAUGCCCUUCAUCCAGUAACCUGGGGCCCCGGCGGGAGAAGAGGAAGGGUGUGACGUGGAAGGAGAGGGGCCGGUUGAGGAGGCUCUUCUGCGCCCCGGUGAACAAACGCUGUAGUCCACUGUGUGUCGUCUUUGUCUGCAGUCAACUGAGCUAAAAAGCUGUUGAUCACUGUUGUUUUUGAAAAUAAGUGCCAAUCCCAUUCCAUGCAGUAUUACGUCCCUCCCCCACCUGUGCAGUACUCUCUCCCCUCUCCCCUACUUCACAACCAUCCAUCUUUGGGUCCUUCUUGACAGUUCGUAGAACAGCCUUGCAAAUGAAUACGAGCCCUCAGGCCCAGUGGCUAUGAGACCAGACCUGGGCAAAGACAGGUUUGGAUUGAAGGGUGUUGUCCGGAUCCUGGGAGUCUUCAGGCCAAUGACACUUUUUGCUGGCAGCCACCCCUGUUUCUGACAAGAGCACUUGCCCAGAAAGAGGCCAGAAGAAAGAGGGUAGGCCGGGAGGUGUUUUUGAUGAGCCCACACACUUAGGAUCUCUCCAAAUAAUCCUUUCCCUCCUCCCCACUUAAGAGGCAACUUCCUUCCAUGCAUUUGGUUGUUUAAUUGUCUAAAGGUUGAACCACUCUCCUCUCAGCCUCUGAUGCUUGAUCCCUUCGCUGGUUCUUACCCAUCACCAUGGGAAAACAGAUGUGGAGUUUUCAGGAUAGAAGAUGGGUCAACAGCAUGAGUUUGAGGACCAGCCACAGAGACUUCUCCUCUGAAACCACAUCUCAGGAGCAAAAUCCUCCCUCCUCCCACCAUGUAUAUUUUAUUUUAAUUUUAAGAAAACUCACCACGUGUGGGACUAUUUCAGAAGUCCAUACUAAGAUUUGCCUACAUAUGCACACUUGCCGUGGGCAUUACUGAUCUUGCUGUUUUCAUUUCCCAGUCGUGAGCAGCUACCUUUACCAAGGGUCCCCCAAGGAAGCCCUCCCGUGUAGACCAUAUUUGGGGAAAACAAUCAAUGAGUAUCUCUUUUCUUGCCAAAGCAUGUUCCGACAUGUAACAAACUCUACCGAUACAAACGGCUGGCGUUCAGUAUCUAAUGCCAAACUCGCAGUCCCUCUCCUCUGAAAUAUAAAAUUAUGGUGCAGACUCUUUGCAGGGCCCCUGCUUUUUGGAAAUCAGGGACAAAACUACUUGAUUGCACAUCCAAUUUUCCAGCUCCUAAACUCCAAGGAAACCCCACACCCAGCCCCACCAUACUUGACCUGCCUUGAGGCCAACAGGUUGCCCUGAAGGAUGAGGGAGGGGCUCAGUGUCUCCCCAAGAGGGCUCCUCUUUCCCUCCUCUACUCCUUUGGCUCAAAGGGUGACUCCCUCACUCACACUCCAAGCUGGAGACAUGUGGAGCCCACAUGAUUAGCAAUCCCAAGUCGCUCUGCUCUCUGAAAGACCUUGGAGGGCUCCCACAUUGCCCCAUCUCUCCACCAGUGAGCCUUAGGGUGGACCCAGCUCCUUCCCCAAAUGAUGGGAAGGAAAGUACUCCAGCAGUUACCUUUUCAUUUCCAAAGUCCUUUUGUAACAAAUGUCACCUCACCAAUCACGUUCUUUUUUCCCCUACCCCAAGCUUGUGAUGCUGACGUAUUUAUGCCAAAUAUCUAUCUGAAGGGAGUUUCUCCUCAUUGUGAAUGUACUUGUGAAAUAUGAAGACAUCUGCCAUCUGAUUGGCAGGGAGAGGACAGUAUCUCAGAAGAAGGCACUGACAUCUUCUGUUCGUACCCCAAGCCUCACCAGUGUUUCAUUUCUGGGCCAUUUAGAAAGAUAAUGUGGAGGUUUAUCUCCCCCACACUCAAAACUUUUGCCAAACACUGUAUCAUUGGUCAUGUUUCUCCCAUAACCAAGCCGACAAUGAGGUUUUAAGAGAACCACCCAAGUGACGUUCCUGGUGAGCUGAACGGAAAUGGCAUUUUCUAGGGCUGGGGUUACAAAGCCACUGGCCACGUCAGGGCUGUCCUCUGCGAGGGGGUGAGAACUCUCUGUGCAGAAUCCUGCUGACCUUCGUUCUGUCCAGAGGAGAGGCAUUAAAAAAAAUUAUGCUUCCCCCAAGUGGGUUUCUUAGCUAGCAAGAUUAAGACAGUCAAAUUAUGGCCGUGGGUUAAAGAAGAAACCCUUUUGCGUCCUCAGAAUACAGGGUGAGAAGAGAAGUCAAGGUCAAGCGGUGUCAUGAAGAACAGGAUAAAUACCAAAAUUAACCGUGUAACGCACUCUCAUUUUUAAGCACCUUCUUCCUGUCACGUGAUUGGUUUUCUGAAGGAAAUGUAAAGAAAGGCUCAGUUUGCCUUAAAGGAACUGUGAAGGCUUCUCUCAUCUAAACUUGAUUGGAAUGAACUGAAACAUUGUCUAAUGUAUUUGUGGCUUUAGAGCUUUUGUUACAUUGUGCCUACAAAGCAAAUUAUGUUUACAUAAAAUAUAUAAAUAAAGUAUUCAGCAUAGCAUAA